UUCCUGGUGUUUCUCCUGAUCUACCUAUUGACUCUGACUGGGAACCUUCUCAUCCUUCUCCUGAUCUUCACUGAUUCCCAUCUUCACACCCCCAUGUACUUCUUCCUUGGAACCCUGGCAUGUCUGGAUAUGAGUUACACCUCAGUCACUGCCCCAAGAAUGCUCUAUGAUUUUCUCAGAAGAAGAAGGGCCAUUUCUAUACCAGCUUGUAUAACUCAGAUCUACUUCUUCAUCUGUUUUGGUGUUUCAGAGACAUCUGUGCUGGCAGUGAUGUCCUAUGACAGAUACAUUGCCAUCUGCCGCCCUCUUCACUACAUGCAGAUAAUGAGCUGGAAAUCUUGUGUUCAAAUUGUAUCAGGCAUGUUGGUAUUUAGUGUACUAUAUUCCUUAAUGCACACCCUUUUUUUAAAUAAACUGACAUUUUGCAGGUCAGAUACUUUGCAAAGUCUAUUUUGUGACCUUCCCCAGUUGCUUCAGAUCUCCUGUAGUGACACAUUCAUCAAUGUAUUGCUUAUAUUUCUAUCUGGGAUACUAUUUCAGUUAGGCAUUGUGGUGGUCACCUUUUUCCCAUAUAUCACUAUAAUAACCACUGUGCUGAAAAUCCCAUCAAAAACCAUGAGAUCCAAAGCUUUCUCCACCUGCUCCUCCCAUCUAACUGUCGUCUUUAUAUUUUACAGCACUAUUUUCUUCAACUAUUUUUUCUUAAAUACAAAUAAUUCAACUGAGGACAAAGUGGCUUCUGUAUUUUACGCAAUAUUAGACCCUUUUUUAAACCCUUUAAUCUACAGCCUGAGGAACCAAGAGCUCAAAAUGGCCUUAACAAGAGCUUUACAAAAACUGUAA